CAGGGCCGGGAGCGGCCGUGGGGCCCCGGCUCCGCAGCCUGCAGCUCCGCGGGCUCCGAGGGGACAGCGCGCGUGCACCCGCACGGAGAGAGGCAGGGAAGGCAGAGGGACUCUGCCCCUGGACGAGAGGGAGAAGGGUAGGGAGCAAGGAGUGGGGCUCUGUCCGAGAGUGGAAGGGAGGGACCGGGAGAGGAAAAGGGAUGGUGAGACAAGAAGUGGGGAUAGAGAGAAUGACAUACGGACAAGGAAGGGAGGAGGAGGAGAAGAAGGUGGAGAGAGCAAAAAGGAGACAGGGAUAAAGAGGGAAAUGAAAGAAAAUACACGAAAAUGAUACAGAAACAAGCCUGAGGGCGUGGCAGUAGGAGAAAGAGAAACUGGGGAACAGAGGGGCAGAGUGGAAAAACCAUGAAGUGGGGCAGAAACACGGAAAAAAAGGGAUGGAGAGCAGGAAGGAAGCACUACGGGAAAGAGGGAGGUGGACACUGCUUUGAAGAAAGAAACAUUUCUUUCCCUUUGAAUGGGAAAUAGGACAGAUAACAAGAUUCACUGGUCUCAAAGAUUCAGGCUGUCUCUAGGAGCACUGCACAUGGGCGCAGACCCCAUCUUGGCUGAGUCCCUGUCAGCAGGGCCAGGGGCUGGCAUUGCUCCCUCACCAGCUGGGCAUCCACCAUAUCCAGUGGUGCAGACUACAGCACCCGAGGAGAGGAAAUCACCCUUCCAGCUGAGCUCUGGCAUGGUGCCCUACACUUCCAUACUUCUCUUCCUCUUAUGUGGGGAAAGGACAGGGAAGGGGCUGAAGAAUCAGAGCCUGAGCCCUUGGGCAUGAGGGGCUACUGCACGCCUGACAGGGCUGGAGUGCAGAAGCUCAGGACCUCUGGCCAACAAAUCAAUAUGAUUUCACAGAAGCCCUUUAUUGUUUACAUUACACAUUUAUUUAUACAUUCUAAAACCACCAUUCACAUGACCACGCAUCUUUUCACUGGUGCCGCUGUCCUGCCCACGCGCUCUGCAUGCACCCCUCAGUGCACAGGACUGGUUACAGUUCAGGUGUUGAACUGCCCUCUGUUAUCUGGCUCCUGUGGCCCUGUUUUCUUGUUUUUCAGCCUCUUCUUUCUUAUUUUUAGAAUAGCUUAUGUCUCAGCAGCCUUGAGAAAUUCCAGAGGGUCUGAUAAUAAACUCUAAAUAUGGUUUGGCUGGAGCACAUCAUGGCCCAAGCUGUCCAAAUACAUUGCUACACUGGAGUUCCUUGCACCUUGCUUUUGUUGUGCAGCUCUGUUCCAUGUGCUGUUGGAGCAUGCAGAGCUCAGGUGGCAGCUCCACUGUCACCUCAGUGUGGCCACCCACAAGGCAUCUGUUGCCUGCAGGAGUGGGGAGCCAUGAGAUCCCUAGUUCAUGCAGACCAUCCUGCCACCAUCUGCCUCCUUUUGCACCAGCAGUGGACCCUUCCAUAGCUCACUUCCUUGGCUUCCUUAUACCAGCACCCAGCAGAACUGAGAUCGCCUGAAACCAGCUUCCUGCUUAACCAGCCAAGUAUUCACAUCCUGCAAUACUUUCCUAUCCUCCAGCGUACCCAGCCUCACCAGCAAGAUCACUUGGCAUCUGCAUGUAUGGCCUGGUGUCAUAUACCUUCCUUGGAGAGGAGCUGAACCCAGUGAGUGGCCUCUGCAGCUUGACAUGCAUGGUGAAGCCCUGGUGACAUAACUUCUGAACAAUGCACUAUAUCCACUCCAGCACUUGACACCUUUGCCAGACUUCCCCAAAACACUUAUAACUCAUCCAAAUCAUUCCUGGGGUAAAGCACUUUCCCUCACUUCCUGCAUUAUAAGGGCUUUCUUCGUCCUCCUUUUUUCUUGCUCAGCUGUUAAAAUGUGAGUGGCCAAUUGUCCCUUAUCUUUGUUGGCUCACAGCAUGAGGUGCUGAGGUUUGCUGGCAAGUCAAGUCAGUCCUUGAAGGGCUGACUGGGAAAACUCAAGCAUGGUGAAAAAGCUGGUAGAAGAGCUGUCUCACCUGCAGACAAAUUCGUCCAUAGAGGAAAGAUGCCCAGCUUCAAACUCACUGAGUUGUAGCAAAGUGACCCAGAAGAGACAUUACCACAAGAAGAAGAGGAACAAAUCGCGUAAUUUCACAAGGUCAGAACACAGUCUGAACCUCUAGGUAGAGCUUUGACAUGGACAUUGUCCAUAAGUCCCAGUGAGCAGUCCAUCCCCAUUCACAAGGAAAUGGCAGUGAGAGAAAAUGUCUGCCUUCCAGCUGUUUGGUGAAAAAUCCUGUUUUCUAUAUUCCUGUCAUCUGCUUCUGUAGGAGACAGGGACAGACCAAUGAAAACAUCCAGAGCUGAGGGGCAGGUGUGCAUCCUUACUAUAUAAUCUCAGCCAGAAGGGCCUGGUUUUAUCUUCUCUGGGAAAGCUUUUUUCAGUGGCAGCGCAGUUCAGGUGGACAUGGGAGAGGAAGAGCAUAGUAGACUUGCACAACAAUCUUGUUCUUGCUGUAUCCUUUCAUAACAACAGCCUGUGAGAGAAACCCACCUUCAGGUCCCUGCACUGAUGAUGAAGCCUGUAUGGGCAGCGAUUCCAACAAAGAACCUGGCUGCAGCUCAGUACUGCAAUAAGUUAUGUUUUCUAGACACCACAGUGUGUAUUUGGUUGUCAUACAUGCUCAUUUUUGCCAGAUGACAUGGUUAAAUGGCUGUUUGUGGAACAGAGCAACCAGGCAUUUCAAAGAAUUCACUCAUAGCCGAAUUUUGAAAUGUGAUUAAGAGUUGAGGAGUGCAGAAAAGGAGUGAGACUGCAAAGCCCUGGGAUUCUGCCUGUCUGCAUUUGAAGGCUCAAAGUGGGAUAUUGCAGCACCAAGUCUCCUACUUGCAGAGAGCCAUAAUAUAGGUGGAUUUGCCAUCUUUGUGAGAUCAGUGACCUUCAGCCUGUGCCCCUGUGAGUCAUACGUAAAAUAGAGCUUUCUGUUGAGGCAGCUGGAGCACUCAGGAGUCAGCAGCAGAAAUGAUCUGGGAGGAGAAAACUCCAUCUGGAGAACAAAGAAGGUUUCCUUCCCGAGGGACAUGGGUAUUACUCCUAGGGCCAGACAACAAUUGUGGCCUCACUUUUCUAGCGCAACAUUUGCUGCUGCAGUGUCACUGAGAGGCAGUGAAGUGGUUUGUCAUCCCCAGCUGUCUCCAGACCCCACAGCGCACAGCAAGCAUGGCCAAGGAGCUGAACAGGAGCUGGACAACUGCUGUCCCGUCUGCCUGGACAGCUGGGAGGAGACCAGCUAUGCACUGCCGUGGCUGCUCUGCUUCUGCUGAAUGUGCCUCCUGCAGUGGACUGGGAGCAAGCCUGAGGACCCCGUCUGCAGGAGGAGGAUGACCUCCAUCCUAUACUCAGUGUGGGGGGAUGACAACUUUGAGGAGCAUGUCAUUCCACCCCAAGGGGCACCAUGGGACAUGUUCCAUCUUAGAGGAGGAGGUCCUGGGUACCCAGCUACUCUCAGUAGCUUCACUCUGGCCAUCAGUGGGAGGACAGCCACCGCCAGUGGCUGAAGUCUCUCAGCAGGGUGAAAGCCAGAGACGUUUGUACAGAGAUCUGCUGAGGAACUACAAUCGUCUGGAACGACCUGUAGUGAAUGACUCCCAACCACUUGUAGUGGAACUCCAGCUUUCCUUGCUGCAGAUAAUUGAUGUGGAUGAGAAGAAUCAGGUGUUGAUCACCAAUGCUUGGCUGCAGAUGUCCUGGGUUGAUGCUUACUUAUCUUGGGAUCAAUAUGAAUACCCAGGAGUGCAGAACUUGAGAUUUCCUGCCGACCAGAUUUGGGUACCAGACAUUCUUCUGUAUAACAGUGCAGAUGAAAGAUUUGAUGCAACAUUUCACACAAAUGUUCUGGUGAACUACUCUGGAUCCUGCCAAUAUAUUCCUCCAGGCAUUUUGAAAAGCACGUGUUACAUUGAUGUCCGCUGGUUCCCCUUUGAUGUGCAGAAGUGUGAUUUGAAGUUUGGCUCCUGGACUCACAGUGGCUGGUUGAUUGACCUGCAGAUGCUCGAGGCUGAUAUUUCCAACUACAUCUCAAAUGGAGAAUGGGAUUUAGUGGGUGUCCCAGGGAAGAGGAAUGAGAUGUAUUAUGAAUGCUGCAAAGAACCAUACCCAGAUGUGACGUACACCAUCACCAUGCGUCGACGCACCCUCUAUUAUGGCUUGAACUUACUCAUUCCCUGUGUUCUCAUAUCUGGCUUAGCACUGCUUGUAUUCCUUUUGCCAGCUGAUUCUGGGGAGAAGAUUUCUUUAGGUAUCACUGUCCUUCUUUCCUUGACUGUAUUCAUGCUGCUUGUGGCUGAGAUCAUGCCUGCAACCUCUGACUCUGUCCCACUAAUAGCUCAGUAUUUUGCUAGCAUCAUGGUCAUCGUUGGUCUGUCUGUGGUGGUAACAGUGCUGGUUCUGCAGUUUCAUCAUCAUGACCCCCAAGCAGGAAAGAUGCCCAAAUGGGUCCGUGUCAUCCUGCUGAAUUGGUGCGCUUGGUUUUUACGGAUGAAAAAACCUGGGGAAAAUAUAAAGCCCCUCUCUUGCAAGUAUAGCUAUUCCAAGCACCAGCUGAGUGUAAACAGCAUGGAGGUGAACGUCCUUCCUGGGCACCAGUCCAGCAAUGGCAACACCAUCUACAGCUACCACGCCAUGGAGAGCCCGUGCUGCCCACAGAAAAACGACCUGGGCAGCAAGGGCGGGAAGAUGACUUGCCCCUUAGCAGAAGAUAUUGAGCUCGUGCAAAAGAAAGCUUUAAUGGAUACUCUUCCAGUGAUUGUGAAGAUCCUGGAGGAAGUGCAGUUCAUAGCAAUGCGGUUCAGGAAGCAAGAUGAGGGUGAAGAGAUCUGCAGUGAGUGGAAGUUUGCAGCUGCUGUCAUAGACAGGUUAUGUCUGGUUGCAUUUACCCUUUUUGCCAUCAUUUGCACAUUUACAAUACUCAUGUCUGCUCCAAAUUUUAUAGAAGCUGUUUCAAAGGAUUUUGCAUAAGGUUGUCGAAGAUGAGCAUGAUAAUCAAAAAGUGAAUAUUGCCAGUAAUUUUACUAGAUAAUUUAACUCAAAUAGAGAAGUGUACUUAUAUGUGCUAACAUACACAGAAGGGGAUUAAAAUAAUUUCAGGACAUAAUUAUUCCUGAUGUUAGUGAUUGUAGUUACUGAAUAGUAAAUAUAUUGAACUCUGUUACUUAUUUCAUAGACUAGUGCCACAUGUACUUUUGUCAUGAUCUGGUAUAAGUGAUAGACGAGAAUUCAACUCAUUACAAUACUAUAAUAUAUUUAUUACAAGUUAACACUAGUAGCAAUGUGUUUCUUUGAAUUUGUGAACUUUUGGAUAUUGUUAAUUUAAAUUAUUAUUGAAAAUGAUAAGUUUUGCAUUGUUUUGCUGUUUUCAGUAUGUCUGUGUUUUAUAAUUAUUGUUUGGUGUGGCUGUGACAUGCACUUCUCAGAUUUGGAAGACAUAUCUCCAGUUUCAUGAUGCUGUAUAUUGUAUUUACGAAAAUAAACCAUCAUCAUAUUAGCUCAA